GAGAAACCUAUCAUCAGUGAUACCAGUACAAUCUUGGAACAAUGAAGCUUUUACAAACUGCAGAGAUUCCUGCUCUGCGGAAAGAUGUCUCUGAUCCAAAAUCUAAAGGUUUCAGCCUUCAAGAUGCUCUCCUGGGUUUUCCCAAGCAAAUCAUCAGCAAACAACGACGUAGUGAUGCUCCUGAAUCUAUGGGUUUAAAGGACUGGCUAUGUGCUUUGUGCUGCGUGAGACUGGGUUGCCUGGAUUACCCUAAAAAUGAGAAGCAGCCUUUAGUAAGCAAUAACAACCAUAUCCAGAACUAUUCUGUGGUCCGUGAUGAUGAGAGAAAUCUGUGGAGCUCCCCACAUGACUUGUCCCACACGGAAGCAGUGGAUGAUAGGAUGCUGCACACAUGGAUCCAGACCAGGAGUCAGCUGGAGAAGGACUCUGAGGAAUGGCAAAAACUUAACUACGAGAUUUACACACUGAGGCAAGCAAGACGAGAGGUGAAGUCAAGAUGGAAGAAGAUCUUAGAAGACAUGGGGUUUCAAAAGGAAGCAGAAUCCCUGUUGUCAGUUACAAAACAAAGCACCAUUAGUAACCCAAAGAACAUGAAAAGAGCAAUGGAGCUACUACUACGGCUGACAGAUGAUACGUACAUAUUCCCAGUUGGAUGGGACCUGCCAGAGCGAUACCUUUACAUAAUGGAUCGACUGAUAUGUCUAGAUGCUGUGGAGGACUUCUUCAACAUUGCACACAAAAAGUACCCAAAGACAAAGAUAGAAAAGGACUCCAAACGCAAAGAUUGAGACGGUGCAAACAAUAUUCUCAGAAGCUGCAUCUCUCUCCAGACAAAUACCUUCCAUAAAUCUGUCUUUAAUAUGAAUGUGAGUUAUGGAGUAACCACAAGUAUAAAACCAGUCCUUCUUACUCAUAACUGGCACAGAUCACCUGAGAAAAACACAUGUCAAGUUAAACUGACUUAUUUUAUGGAGAAAGUAGAACUUCUGACGUGGGCCUAUGAGAUCAGUCCUGGAUUUUACCCAUCCAUGAGAUCAAUGGAAGCCUAUCCCGCAAACCCACAAACCAUGAGAUCAACGGAAAGUAAUCACUCCGCUAUGAAAUAAACAAUUCCCACUCAUUCACAUCUUCCGUUGUCCUGGCAGGCUCCCUUACAUGAAAACAAUCCUUAAGUAUGGUGUAUUUUAACCAAAGAACAUGCCAUGUACAGGAUCUUUGGUAACAAACUGUUUUGGCCAACCUCUAUUGCCAUUCUGAGUAUGACAUUUGAAUUGUUAUAAUGGACUUUUGUGUGAAAUGUAUAUGAGAACAGGGCCAAAUAAUUUAUUGUUUUCUUAGCAUCUUGUCUUGAUAUCAAAUGCCAAAACCCCAGAAAUAUAAAGUACCCACCCUAUAACGCUUAUUUUUAUUCUAAGUACUAAUAAUCUAGCCAGAACGUCUGUUUUGCAUCCAGCGUCCGCACAGAUGUCUGCAAGAGUGCCACACAUGUACAGCAGUUACUGAUUGUAAUGAGCUAAUUACAUAUCCAGAAACAGUGAUAUUUAAAACAUACGAUUUGUCUAAUCAGCAUCGCUUUGUUAUGCAAGUAUUAACUAUUUAGUGUAGUAAAGUGUUUACUGGGUGUACUAAAAAA